GGCAGAGGUCGGCGCUGCGAAUCGGCGGGCUGCGGAGCGAGGGGCUCCCGGGCGAGGGGCGCCGGAGGAGCUGCAGCAGUUAAUAUCAAGUGUUUUGUAAAGCAUUAUCAUUUUAUAUGAAGUGAAAGUUACCUGUGCUUUGCCUGAGCGUGAUCUCAAAGAUGGGAGGUGCGGUGAGUGCUGGUGAGGACAACGACGAGCUGAUAGACAAUCUGAAGGAGGCGCAGUACAUCCGCUCUGAGCUGGUGGAGCAGGCCUUCCGAGCUAUUGACCGUGCAGACUAUUACCUCGAAGAAUUUAAAGAGAACGCAUAUAAAGAUUUAGCAUGGAAGCAUGGCAACAUCCACCUCUCUGCUCCGUGCAUCUACUCGGAGGUGAUGGAGGCCCUGGACCUGCAGCCUGGUCUCUCAUUCUUGAACCUGGGCAGUGGCACUGGCUACCUCAGCUCCAUGGUGGGGCUCAUCCUCGGCCCUUUUGGAGUGAACCACGGGGUGGAACUCCAUUCAGAUGUGACAGAGUAUGCAAAGCAGAAGCUGGACUUCUUCAUCAGGACAAGCGACAGCUUUGACAAGUUUGAUUUCUGUGAACCCUCUUUUGUUACUGGCAAUUGCCUGGAGAUUUCUCCAGAUUGUUCUCAGUAUGACCGGGUGUACUGCGGGGCAGGCGUGCAGAAGGAACACGAGGAGUACAUGAAGAGUCUCCUCAAGGUCGGGGGCAUCCUGGUCAUGCCGCUGGAAGAGAAGCUGACUAAGAUAACGCGCACUGGCCCUUCUGCUUGGGAAACCAAGAAGAUUCUGGCUGUCUCCUUUGCUCCGCUGAUCCAGCCCUGCCAGUCCGAGUCCGGGAAGUCGAGGCUCGUCCAGUUACCACCCCUGGCGGUUCGCAGCCUCCAGGACCUGGCACGCAUCGCCAUCCGGGGCACCAUUAAGAAGGUCAUUCACCAGGAAGCCGUGAACAAAAACGGAAAUGGACUGAAGAACACUCCCAGGUUUAAACGAAGGAGAGUUCGCCGCCGCCGAAUGGAAACGAUUGUCUUUUUGGACAAAGAGGUCUUUGCCAGUCGGAUCACUAACCCCUCUGAUGACAACAGCUCUGGAGACCUGGAGGAGGAGCGGCGGGAAGAAGAGGUGACCACCCCGCCGGAUACCAAGCCUGAGCCCCCGGUGAACUUCCUGCGUGAGAAGGUCCUGAGCCUCCCUCUGCCAGAUCCCCUGAAGUACUACCUGCUUUAUUACAGAGAAAAAACCGGCGUUGAGUAAUACCAUCAAAGAAGAUCCUGAAGAAGGAAGCCAGUGUCGUGUUAAGAAAGAAGCUACAUUGCUUGUGCCGCAGUGACAGAGAUGAUCAUUGAUUCAACUUUGAGGUGACGGUUUCUGAGGCUCUGUCUUCAGAGCACGUGGAAGGUACUGGCUACAGGAAGUGGAUUGGGGAUGAUGUGGACAGCCCGUGGAUUUUUCUUCUGUUGGCUAUUUUUCUGUAAUUACAUUACAGUACUGACUCAUAGAUUUUAUCUUUUAUAAUUCUGGAGAAAAAGAUUGGUUAGUUUUGUAAUUUUUUUUAAGAACAAACAUAAAUAAUCAGUAGCUCUUGCAGUAGAGUGGUUUCACUCAACAGUGAUAUGUGCAGUCCAUCUUCUCCAGGCCUGUGUGUUGAGAGCUUCCUGUCUUAUCACAUCCUGGGUCUUGAAGCAGAGGCCGUCUUGUUAGUCAGGUGGCAGGAUGUUUAUAGGUGACACUGCUUCUUCCAAAACAUUGGUUCUUGUCAGACUUUUCAAUUUUAUCCAAAGACUAGUAUAAAAUCUUAACAGUAAAUCCAAAAUCAGAGUGCUGAUGGAAGAUUGAUCAUCCAGAUUUUACGAUUAAUUUUAUCCCUUAGCUUCUCAAAUGUUGCUGGAGUUCCAUGCCUUUGUGGUUUCACUAGCUUCACUGAGUUCUAUUUAUUUUUUUCCAUUUAUGCUUUUUUAAAAAAAUUGUAUCAUUUUAUCAUAGAAUACUGUGUGCACGCAUAGCUGGGGAAAUGUGUACAGCGCCCUAAAUUGGUACAGUUAAGCUGUUGUAAAGAAGGUUUCUUCACUGCUGUGCUUACCUGCCUUUCACUGGAAGUCAAGCCUCAUUCUCUCAGAGACAGAAGCAUGAGUCAUGUUUACUUGUUAAGGCUUCUGUUUGCAGAUCUUGUUGACGUUAUUCUAAUUGAUUUGUAGAGACCUCUGCAGCACAUAUACGUUUUUGAACAUAAUGUUAAAUAAGUGAUAUCGGAAAUCUGUUGAUACUAGGUGGCUUGACUGAAUUUUUUUCUAUCAUUGUGUAUGGAUUUCCCUAUUUUUUUCAACCACAUUUGCCUUUAUGCUGGAUUGUAAAAACUCUUUACAAUGCGUAAGACAUUAUUUUCCCCUAUAUAUGUUAAACCCUUCCUAACAUUUUGUAUCUACAUCUUGGUUUGUGACUUUUACACCAGAAUUUGGUUAAAAAAAAAGAAAAAAGAAUAUAUAUAGAUAGAUAGUAUAUGUGAAAUAAUUUGGUGUUGAUCUAUAUUAUAAACAUAAAGGAGAGUCAUCAGUGAGCUUCCCCAUGUAUUAGCACCUUUCUCUAGAGUUCAGUGCUUUCUGUUUUCAAAAACAGAUGAAUUAUAUAUAGUCUGUGUUGUCUGCAAGCUCUGCAUUGUAAACCAUAGACAUCAGCUGACUUUUAUGUUUUGAGUAGUCUGUAUUUUUAUAUGUGAAUUUUGUCUUGAAAGUAGUAAAGCCAUAGACAUGUGCAAAACAAAUAAUAAAAUUUAUAAAUAUUAAGAAUGUCAUAUAGAAAUCAGCUGUGUACUUAAUAUUUUUGCCAGUCUGGAGCUUUCAGGGGAUUAAUGCAAGAAAUAGGAAACAAAGACUUUAUUAAGCUGAUAUUCAAAAGAUUCCAAUAAAGGUAGUUAAGACACUUUA